CCCCAGGUAAGGUGGAGACAGCAGUGAUGGCAGCCAUCGAUGCUGGGUACCGACACCUUGACUGUGCCCACGUGUACCAGAAUGAGAAGGAAGUUGGGGAGGGGAUCCAGCAGAAAAUCAAGGAAGGUGUUGUGGAACGAGAAGACCUCUUCAUUGUCAGUAAGCUGUGGUGUACGUUUCAUGAGAAGCCUCUGGUGAAGGGAGCCUGCCAGAAGACUCUUGCUGACCUGAAACUGGAUUACUUGGAUCUCUACCUCAUCCACUGGCCUUUUGGUUUGAAGGCAGGGGAGGAGCUGUUCCCCACAGAUGACAAAGGCAUGUCUAUACCCAGCAACACUGAUAUCCUACAGACAUGGGAGGCCAUGGAAGAGCUGGUGGACUGUGGCCUGGUAAAAGCCAUUGGUAUCUCCAACUUCAACCGUGAGCAGAUUAAAAGAAUCUUGAACAAGCCAGGACUGAAGUACAAGCCUGCAAAUAACCAGAUUGAGUGUCAUCCAUACCUUUCCCAGGAGAAGCUGAUCAACUAUUGCCAAUCUAAAGGGAUCACUGUGACAGCGUACUGUCCCCUUGGACGCCCUGACAGUGCUAAGCCAGAGGUGCCUUCCCUUCUGGAUGAUCCUAAGAUCAAAGAGAUUGCAGCCAAGCACAACAAAACCCCAGCACAGGUGGGUAGGUGCAGCACAGAGGGGUUUUCUUCCAGUAACACAGCCAUAAAGGAUAACAGAGCUGAGGAGCGGGAAAAUGCUAAGCCAGAGGUGCCUUCCCUUCUGGAUGAUCCUAAGAUCAAAGAGAUUGCAGCCAAGCACAACAAAACCCCAGCACAGGUUCUGCUUCGCUUCCAGAUCCAGAGAAACGUGAUUGCCAUUCCCAAGUCUGUCACACCGCAGCGCAUCGUGGAGAACUUCAAGGUGUUUGACUUUGAAUUGACUAAAGAGGAGAUGUCCGCCCUCCUCAGCUUAAACAGAAACUGGAGGAUCUGUGAAAUGAUCACGUGCAAAAAUCACAAGGAGUACCCUUUCAAUGCAGAAUACUGA